AUGAUCAACGAACAGGCAUUUGAAUGUCUUGAGAUCAGCAGAGGAGUUUGUAAUAUCAUCAUCAUUCCUCUCGAAGAGCGCGGAUCGUUAUACGACCACCUAGGGAUAGGAAUCGAUUCUCUAAAAUCAAUUUUGAGACUAGAAUCGAGGAAACCGACUCCAAAAAUCGAUUAA